AUGAAGACGAACACGACGGAUAGAUUACUGGCGAGUAACUCGGUGAAAAACAAGGUCUUCGAAGAUGCCGAUCAAGACCAGUGUGGCCACGGAUGGAGACGCUACGAACGGUCGCGGUCCUGCUUUAUGGUGCUAUCACAGCGACUGCGCUGGUUCGAGGCUGAGCAAGCGUGUGCGAAGGCUGGAGGACGACUGGCUUCGAUCACCGAUGAGUACGAGAACGUAUUCGUCUUCAACCUCUCGAAACAAAUGAAUCUAACCACGCCAACAGUGUGGUUGGGACGAUUAGUACGAUUGUCACGUACCGGCGCCUAUGAAUGGCAUGACGGAGCCAUUGGGCGACAAGCGGACGCCUUCAGAGAGCCACCAUCUGGAACAGACCUCUGUAUGACAAUGUGGUUGGAUUUCGAUCGUCCCGAAGGAUCGUGGUACGAGUGGGACUGUGGCUACGCGAGUGGAUAUUCUGCGCUCUGCAAAAAAAGUCUCAAGAAGCCUGCAUUCCCCACUUCCAGUGAGUGUCGUUUAUACUUUUCUUUUUCUGCGUUUUUCUCGUAA